AUGUCCAUGAUGCACGCGGCGGUAGCACCGAGCUUCCCCGCCUCAGGUGUGACUCACUCUAUUGUUGGGAAGUUCUCCACUUCACUUGCUGAGGAUGUAAAGGAGGUGGUGGUAGUAAAGAUGAAUAUACUGGAGCUCUGGCGAGUUCCACACACUGUGGGAAAUGGUGAUUCGCAUAUGUCCUUUGUUACUAGUAUAGAAUUAAAUGCUCCACCCGUCGCUGUGAUUGUCUGUCGUCCGCCGGGGUUUACAGUUGAUAUUAUUGCGAUGUGUUUUGACGAUUUCCAUGUUUCCUUUGUGCAGUAUGAUCCAUUAUUAAUGCAUCUUCACACAUUGGCACUUGUCCAGUUAGAUGAUCGGGAAUUGGAAGAUGAUGUGAAGCCGUUAGAUCCAUUAAUGCGUGUGGAUCCAACAGGACGUUUUAUUACUGUAUUGGCACGGCGUCGUCAUAUGUUUUUAAUUCCACUUUUGGGUCUACAACGAGCUGAAGAAGAUGGGGAGGAGAAUAUUAAUAAUAAUAAUAAUAAUAAUAAUAAUAAUAAUAAUAAUAAUAAUAAUAAUAAUAAUAUAAAGGAAACCGUGGCACCUGUAGACGAUUGGGGUGAUGAGGAUGACUAUAAGGAAUUAUCUGAAAAUGGUAAUAGUGAUAUACCACGUACAGAUACAAAAGCAGAAACCAAUGUUUUGGGUGAAUCAAAUACUUCCAAAUCUUUUCCAGCAUUAAAUGGAUUGUUACUGCGCAUUGGUGUAAUUUCUAUGUUUACUCUCGCAACAGCUGUUAAGAGUCGUAUUCACUAUGUGCGGGAUAUUCAUUUCAUUGAGUCUAAUGGUGAGCCUAUUAUUGCUGUUUUGUGUGAACGGCAACCAACAUGGGCUGGUCGUGUAAAAUUGGUAGAGUGGCGAACAAAGAUGGUGGAAUCUAAUACUUUAUCCUUACAAGUAGUAUGGGUACAAAUAUCUGCUGCUUCUACAAAUGCUCCCAAGUUAUUAUUGAUAGGUGAGGUGGAUGAUAUUCCGUGUAAUGUGACUCACAUGACACCUGUGAGCUCUUUUGCACAAAUCCCAUCUGGUGUGGUUUGUUAUGGAAUUAACACCAUUAUGCACAUUACAACAAAACGUGGUUAUGGAGCUUAUCUUAACAAUAAUGGAAUGGAGGAAUGUGUAAAUGCAAAGUCAUCUGCGGUAAUGUUUGGAAAGGUCAUGUGGUGUGAUAAUCAACUUGAAUCAUCAAAUGCACUUUUUAAAGUAAAUCUCUCACUUGCCAACUGUGCAGCCGCUUCUAUGAAUGCAGAUAGUGAAGGACUUCAUGUUCUUGCCGUUUCAGAAGAGGAUGGUGUGGUACUCACUUUACUUUUUGCAGCCCAAGGUUCAACAGUUCAGAGUGUAAAAAUUGAUAUUAUUGGUGUUGGUUGUUACAGUUCUACUGUUUCUUUUAUUAAUCCUCACAUUGCCUUUUUGGGUUCAGCUCGUGGUGAUUCCUGUGUUGCUGUGAUUAACACAUUUCAGAGUAACACGGAAAGUCGAUUCCAAGUUGUCGAUAAUAUGGAGGCUAUUGGUUGUAUUAUGGAUAUGGAUGCCGUGGAUUGUACCCCAGAGAGUGAAUGUAAUAAUCACAACACUAAUGGAAGAGAUGCCUCUUGGUUUAUUAAUAUGCCUUAUGCAGAACUUUUACAAAAUACAACAUUGGAACCCAUGCCACCUAUUUCUAUUGAAGAGGCUCGUAUGAAAAUGGAUUUGGCGGUUUGUGCUGGUUAUGGUGCCUCUGGUUCUCUUUAUUUAAUGCGUCAAUCUAUUCGCCAUAAUAUUGUGCGUCGUGAAAAUGUUAAUGCCGUCUCUGCCUUCUUUUUACCAUCAUUACAAACUGCAAAAAGACCUCGUGAACAUGAAGAAGAUGAACACAUGACUCGUACCACUUCAUCUUAUGCCCCAUCGCAUUUAUUACUAACGGGUCUUCCCUUUACAAUUCUCUUCACAGUGCGUGGGAACUCUGUUCAACAUGUGAGACGUUCAGAGUUCUUGGCAUCAUGCCGAACAGUGUUUGCCGCUGAUCUCGUAUGGUUAAAUGCCUUAUUACAAGUGACAGAAAGAGAAGGACGGAUUAUAUCUCCAGAUGGAAGAGUUUUAUUUCAGAAAUUUUUCUUUGUUCCUGAACGAGAAGCCGAUAAACAACGUUAUGCGAAGGCGGCAUGUGUUGAAGUAGAGUUACAAUUAUUAUUUGUACUUUUAGAGGAUGGAACAUUACUUCAGUUUUCACUAAAAGCAACAAAUGCAUCACCUAAAAAGGAAAUAUUUGCAGAGAAAGUAACCGCAUUUACUUUAUGGCGAGAAGAGAAACGUGUGGUCACAUUUGAUACAGAAGGGAAAAUGACGAUAACAGAUAUGGAGUCACGUACUUCUUAUGCACUAUUUCCACAAUUAGGAAUUUUACCUCCCUCUUGUGUAUUUGAUGCUUCUUCUACUACUGAUACUUCUGGAGAUUCAUCAAAAGAAAAGGAAAAAGAAAACACUGAACCUAUUAUUCCUGUCACACAUGUGGAGUUAGUGACAUUACAGGAUGAUGCGUCUUCAACAUCUGAUAAUAAUUCUACUGCCUAUACGAGAGAAAAGGAAGUAAUAUCACUUCUUAUUAUUCUUGCUAGUGGUGAACUUGCAGUUUAUCAAAUGUUCUCACCUGAUGAUUUUGGACCGCUCCGUUUAAUUAAAUAUAUUCAUCAUUUUCUUGAUAAUAAAGCAGAACGUGAAGUUAUCGAAUCUAUUGAAAUGAAAAAACAACGUUUAAUGCGAGAACGAGCCAUUAUUGAAAAUUGUACUCAAUCCAUGCGUCACUGUAGUCGUCGUAUUGUUCCUUUUAAUGCUCUUGCUGGGAAUAAUGGGGUAUACGUUUGUGGACAACAUCCACUAUUUCUUUUCUGGAAUCGUCGAAUGCGACGACUUGUUCCUUAUCGUCAUCAGGCACCUGUACCUGUACAAGGAUUUGUUCCUUUCCCUUCUAUAGAAAGUGGUUUUAUUUUCUGUUGUGAAGGUUUUGUUGAUUUCGCUUCUAUGAAAACAGAGUAUCAACCUAAUAAAAAUGGAUGGUUAACACGUCGUAUUCAUCUUGGUGCUACUCCUCAUUUUAUUGUAUAUCAUCCACCUGCUCACUGCUGUUUUGUUGUAACAUCACGGAAAGAACCUUUUAGACCACAAAAGGCUCCUUUUGAUGUACAUCUUAAGAUAAACUAUGAUGAGGAAUAUGGAAAUAUUCAAAGUGUUACAACGGAGGCACCUGUAUGCAAUUUACCACCUAUUUCUCCAGAUGCUGGCGUUCGUGUACCUAUGGCAGAUCGAUUUGAAAUUCGUUUUAUGUCUACUAGUAACUGGAUAUGCAAUGAUACACUUCUUUUAGAAGAAAAUGAACAAGUAUUGGGUGCUCAAAUGAUGGAAAUUCUCACUGAAAAAGGAAGUGAAGGUCCUGCCACAGCUCCUGUUUGUGUUGUAAGCACAGCUUUUCCUUUAGGAGAGGAUGUGACCUGCCGAGGUCGAAUUCUUUUAUUAUCAUCAAAGUGGGGAAAGACAGGAAGAAAGAUUCUCCUUCUUCAUUCUGAACCUCUUAAUGGUCCUGCUACAACCGUAACUGGAAUUUGUAAUCAUAUAGCUGUUGCUGUUGGUGGUACGAUUAAACUUUUUCACUAUGAUUGGGAAACUAGAAAAUUAGUGGUAAGUGCUUUACUUUAUGCUGGUAUUUAUGUAACAAGAAUGUCAGCAUUCCGUAAUUAUCUUAUUUACGGUGAUCUUUAUCGUUCUUGUGCUUUAGCCAGAUUUAAUGAAGAAAAUCAUACACUUAAUGUCCUUGGUAGGGAUCAAAAUACGGUUUCUGUUGUUCACUGUGAUAUGAUGUACCAUGAUCGUGCUGUGGGAAUCUUGUGUUCCGAUGAUCAGCGAAAUGUACUGGUAAUGGGAUAUACACCUCGUCUACAGGAGAGUGAGGCGGGUAAACCAAAGAAAGUUCUUGAGUCUGUACUAUCGCUUGAUGGUGGUUAUCGUCUUCCUAGUGGGUGUUUGGCAAAGAGUCUGCGAUUUCGUUCCCUCGCUGGAAACUCUAGUGUGACUCUCUACGCCACAAACUAUGGUGAAAUUGGUUUCAUUGUACCCGUUGGUGAACAGGCGAGUCGAACAGCAUUGUGGGUUACGCGUCGUCUGCAAACCGAUUUACCACAUGAGGCGGGGUUAACGCCUCGUAUGUUUCUUGGAUUAAGUCAGGGAUCACCGCGAAGCGCACUUCGCUCGAAAGAGAUGUUGGUAUCCGCUUCAUUACUGGAACAGUUCUUCUUUUUGGAUGUACGUUCACGGAAGGCCGUUGCAACGGCAGCCUAUACACAGCUUGAGCGCGUUACAAAUGUCGCUGCUCUCGUGUAUGAAGAGUGUAAUUUGUUUUAG